AUGGCGUGGGCUUUAGUCACGCCUUCGUCGAGGGGUAUUGGUCUCGCUCUUACCAGACAUCUCCUCAAGACGACCCCGGCCAGUGUGCCGGUUGUGGCAACGGCGAGAUCGGAUCUGGACGGAGUGAAAGAGAGGAUCUUGUCGGGUCUUGACUUGGAUGAGUCUCGUGCAUCACGGCUAGAUGUGCAGGAAUGUGAUGUUCUCGAGGAACCAUCCAUCUCAGACUUGGCGGGAUAUUGCAAAGAACGGUACAAUGACAAAGGAAAGAACAAGGCAGCUCACAUGAGGUUGGGGUUGUUCCUGCCAGGUAUGUUACAACCUGAAAAGGCACCUGACAAGAUUGAGUACCACACAGCACUGUCCACCUUGAAGCUCAAUCUACUGGCUCCCAUGAUGCUGGUUAAACAUUUAUCUGGAUUUGUUCCGCGCAAAUCCGUCGAGCUGCAGUCCAUCCAAGGUCUGCCUCCUUCCUCUGUAAUAGCACUGAUGAGUGCGAGAGUGGGUUCAAUUGGAGACAAUCGACUAGGAGGAUGGUAUAGCUACCGUGCAUCCAAGGCCGGAGUCAACCAACUGGUCAAAUCGACGGAUAUCUAUCUCAGACUGCAGAGUGCUGAGAAUACCAUGUGUAUUGGGCUUCACCCUGGCACGGUGAGAACAGACCUGAGUGAGCAAUUCUGGCAGAGCACCCCAAAGGAGAAGCUGUUCAGUCCAGAAUACAGUGCAGAAAGGUUGCUGGAGGUCAUCUGCGGCAUAAAUCAAGAUGGAAGAGGGAGGUGUUGGGACUGGGCAGGAAAGGAAGUGCCUCCAUGA